AGGACACCUAAGAUAACGUCCUCGUGACUUAUAGAAGAUCUGUAUCGUUGCAUUUGUACCUGUCAUCUUCGGUUCGUAAAAGUCAGCAUUGGGCCAUCAUAGUCUAGAUGGAGCCUGCUCCCCCCCACGACGAGGGCAGUGCCCGGCCAGGACGGACUUUAUGUGAUUACUGUCAAGGAUUCGAGAAGCUCGUCCAGAAAGAGAUAUCUUCGACCGCGAAACCUAGAACAUUCUACACAUCCAUGAACCACCAGCCAAGCCUAUAUGCUCUUCAAGCCUCCGCAGACGGUGGUUGCGACAUGUGCAAAUCCUUAAACACACAGAUGUUAGCUGCAGCUGAACAUAAAGAGCCAAUGAAGCCAUCUACAUCGCCCAUCUUUAUGCGGAUUUGGAAUCAGGAUAUUUGGUGGGAAGGUGAAACCAGUCUUAUCUCCAUCUACGACAGAGAACACGGGAGUACAGUCAGUGUUACAUUAGAACCGUUUUUUGACGUUUGCUCUGGGCACGGCGGUCGCGAGCCAGAACAGGUCAGCCAGUCGUCUGUAGCACAGUGCUUUGCAAAGAAGAACUUUCCAGGCCGUUCCGUAGACGCAAAUCCUUCAUCAACGCGAACGAUCAGCUUCAUCAAACGAUGCCUAUCAGAAUGUCUUGAAAAUCACGAUGCAUGUCGAUCUGCAAUACAAGCGCAACUCCCACAACGUGUUAUUGAUGUCGGUAAUCAGUCUGGUUCUUCUGGCAUACGGCUACUGGUGGAUGCGCAGGCCAAAUCGGACUACCUAUAGGCCACAUAUCCUACAAUACAAUCCAUAAGAGUUCUCCUCAAUUCACUCCAAAUUGCCAGCUGACAUGUCUUGGAACGGACUUGUCAGUGCGCUGCUAUAGAAAUCUCGCCACGCUGAAACAUCAGCUGUAGAAGAGCACAACUGAAAGCUCAGCUUGAUAGACACCA